UUGCACCAGAAAGUGAGACAGUGAUGUGCGAGGGAGACAGAAGAGAAAGAAAAUCUUCUGAACUCGUCAGUCCAGCAGAGAAACCAACAAUGUGAGUCCUCUCAGGGACGCUCUGCUACCCUUACUGACCAAGGCUCAUGAGUUAUAUUGGGGUCCCCACCAUGGAGAUCCUGGUGUCCCUGUACGUCUUGGUGGUUCUGUUUUCGGUGAAUGCGGCCCACUUUCACAAUGGCUCGCAAGGACUCUCCUGCGUAAAUGACUUUGUCAACAAUGUCAGCUGUACAUGGGACAGCUCUCCAGUGGCUCCCGGCGUGGACUGCUGGAUCGUUGGUGUGAGGACAACCCGGAUCCGAGAGAACGGCAAGACACGUCAGGGAACAAUUAUUCGGAGCUGCAAGCUGAAACAACUAACACACUCUCCCCCAGGCUGCAGUUUUGUCUUUGAAAAUUAUGAAUUCAACCCUUUUAAAGACAUGCCCUACAUCCGCGUGGAGUGUAACGGCACGUUGAUGGAGAACAUCACAAACUACUCACCAUUCAAUCACAUCAAAAUGCAUCCUCCAGAUGUUCCCAAUGUCAGCAGCACAGCCAAUGAGACGAGGAUAUCAUGGAGUCCAGGAAGUCCUCCCUCAGACUACUUCAAAGCGUUUCACUUCCACGCUGAGAUCAAACAGAAAACCAAGACAUGGCGUGAAGCCCUCACUCUGUCCACACAAGAACGAGAGCUAAGGAUACUUGCUUACAAGCUAAAGGGGCACUGCCAGGUCAGAGUGAGAGUCAAACCCACCUUACAACCACACAGUAGCCAAUGGAGCAACUGGAGUCCAACAGCAUCCUGGGAGGGAGCGACAGACGUGGUGGCAACAUCACAGGGUCACGAGUGGCUUCUGGGUCAGACGUCACUGAUAAUUCAGGUUGUGAUGUUGAUCUUCAGCUUGGGUCUCAUCAUUGUAAUGCUGGUACUUUAUAGGAGCUGUGCCGGUAAAGGGCUCCUCAAAAGUAAGCCAGUACCAAACCCUUCGAAAUACUUCCACACUGUCCACGGAGGAAAUCUAAAGAAAUGGUUGAAUCCUCUGUCAGUUUCUGAUUCAUUUUUCACUGCUCAGCCGUGCGACAGCAUCUCCCGGGUUGAGGUGUGUGAAAGCUGGGAUGUGGUCUCCUCCACCUCUCCCUCCUGCAGCUCCACCAGCGCCCUGCUUCACUUCAACAGCUACCCAUCAGCUGACUCAGACACCAGCGGGGUCGUUGACAAUUCCUCCUCCACUUCUUCAUCCUUCUUCUCUAACAUGGGCUACUUCAUUUCCAACUCCUCUGGUAGCUCAGCUCGAACUGACCCCAACCCUGCCUACUUCACCUAUCAGGAGGAUUUCCACCACCUGCACAAGAGCCACAAUCUUCACCUCUCCCUCUGCUCCUCCCUAGACACCUCUCUGACCUAUGAGAGGUUGAAGAAGGAGCCCCAGAGCCCAGACUCUGGCUUUGGCUUCGGAAAGGAAGAUGAAGAAGGCAAGCAAGAUAAAAGGGUAGUGUAUGUAGAAGGGGAAGAGGAUUCAGAUGAUCACCAGAGCCCUCCUCUUCUCAUUCUUCCUCUCCAUCUUCCUUCCUGGAUGUGCCCCGCCUCCCCUGCUCCACCCCCUCCGAACGCUCCCAGUCUGACUCUGAUAUCCUCUGAUGGCCAGCAGCUGGGUGAACCUGUUGCAGCUGCUAGUGACAGCCAAGCGGCCUGGCCUACGGCUGGUGCCAUGUGCAGGUCUUCCUCCAUGCCUGUGGAGCCCUGUAAAACAGGGUAUAUGACUCUAAAAGAGCUGCAGACAACAUUCAGCAAUAAAUCCAUCUGAAAACUUGUAUCUGGAAGAAUCCCUGUGCGACUAUUUCAAUUGUUUUGUGUGUCGACAACACAAGCAACCGGACUCAUGGUAUGUUCUAAUCCGAUUGUUGAAGCGAGCAAAUGUCACAGAAUAUAUGGAGUGUUCUUGGAAAAUAAUUGCAUUUCUACAAAGUCCAUGUCCAUUUUUAUGCUUUAAACCUGCAUUGAUUCAUGUUUUGGUCACGUGGGGGAAGCAGAACAAGUUACAUUCAAUGGCCAGAAUUCCAAAGACAUUAGCCAAUUUCGCUAAAAUGCUGAUAAAGAUAAUUCUGUGCUGGUACGUCUCAUUGAGCGACCUCUUACACAUAUUGAUCAGUUGUUAAUACAAAAAGAAUGAUUGGAGCAGCUUUAAAAUUAACUUCUGAAUUUUGCUGUAAUUGUUUUUAUAUUUACUGUAAAUCGACAUUCAAUUUACUUUGCUUAUUAAGAGCAAUGGUUGUACAGGAAUUUGUCUUCAUGACAUUGGUAUAAGAUUUAUACAGUUUAUGUAAAAACAGAGUUUCAAGGGAGAGUCUGCAGGACGCAGUUACAGAACAACUUUGAAGUCAAUCCUGUGAUAGAGCCAGAAAUAUGAGGCCGAGCACAAACCAACCAGUUAUGUAAACUGUUUAUAGACGUACUGCUGGGACUGCUGGGUCAUUAUUUAGCUGAUAUAUAGCGUGUGUAGAAUGGUGUACAAUACCUCAUUGUUGAAUGUGUACAAUACUCUGGGACUUUAAGCUAUCCUUUUGUUUUUGUUUCAAUUUUCAGGCUUUUUUUUUAAUUAGUGUUAAAAUACCUAUAAAAUAGUAUUGCAUAGCAAAGCAUGAAAGUAUACAUUACUUUAAACUAAAUACUACUGCCAGUUAUUAAUGACUGUACUUUAAAACCACUUGUAUUCCUGCAGGCAGAUCUGGAAUUUGGAAAGCAGUGUGACGUGGUUUAAAUGUAUUUUGAUUAUGUAAAUAGUCAUACAUUACUUUUAAUAAACGACAUAUGAGCGUUGGUUUAAAGUCAAAUUGGCGAAGACAUUGAAACUGACAGCAACAUUUAAGUAUCAAAUUCAUUGAUUUGAAUCUAUCUACUCUGAAACAUGGCAGCUGGUUUGCCGCUGAUGUUUUUGUUUGUACAUCUUUAUAAAUGAUUUCAUGCUGUUAGGAGAUCAAAACUACACCUUAUUAAUCAUCAUUAAUCAUUAACUACCUGGUAAAGUUAACUAUCUACAAUAAAGAAUUGUGUUAGUGCAUACAGGCAUUAGUAUAAUAUUUAUUAGAUUGCUUUUUUUCAUGUAAAUCAUUGAGGUCAGUGGUAAAUGUUGCUGCUCUUGUCUCACAUGCAGUAUAUUUCCGUUGCACUCGGUGACAUCUGUGCAGAGACCAAACAAAAUAAAGCUUCUGGUAGAAAUGGG